AUGGUCGAGUGCAUUGNNNNGUCGACACGGUUAUCCGCGCUCAGUGUGCCACCUCAGUUCCUUCGGGCAUUGGAAGAAGCAGAACAGGCGGCAUUAGAAGAAUCGGAAAAGGGAACUAUAAUGAGCUCCAUCACUGACGCACCAAUAACAACAACCGCGCCGGUUUUGGUCCACAGACGAACCUCUAACGGAGACAAAGGUCACGAACGUCAGAUUUCACUUGAAACUGCAAAUGUGGGCAUAGCUCACACGACUGCAGCGGCAAAUUAUUUUGACUUACAUCAAUGGACGCCGUUACAUCACGCCAGUUGCGAAGAGGCAGUAAAUUGUUAUCAAGAUUGUUUGAAAAUCUUGCUCGACAACGGAGCAGAUCCAAUGCUUCCAACACCACAAGGAAAAACUGCGUUGGACCUGGCCUACGCAGCAGGGCGUUCACAAGUUCUAGUUGACGUUCUACCAAAAAGACAACUGAUUGCUUUGCUGAUGCGAAUCGACGAUAUUGUGCCUGUCUAUGUUAGAAAGCGCUUUAUGCAAAUGGAAGCAGAUAAAGUGCGAUCGGCUCCGGAAAGUCUGGUCCACGUCGAGACACUUUCAGCUCACACACCAAUCCGAAAAGAUGCUAGUCCAACCUCAGCUACGCCGGGAUUCAAUGAUCGUUCACGUAAAGGAUAUUCGUUCAUUCGUCGCUUGGCUGAUAAUAUGGAAAACAUGGCCGACUCAGGAAAGUCGAUCAAUCAAUGGCCGACUAAACGUCUCAAAUCGGACACUACUAAUGUGAUGAGUGUGUGGCGUAAAAUACUGUUGAACGAUAAUGUGGAAUUGUUGGAGACAUUACGCGAUUCACUGGUCUGGCGGCAGCAACAUCAAGAACCAGCUACCACAACCGAUACGGAUUUUAGCGCAAUCAGUGAAAACAUUUACCCCCGUGGACUUACACCGAUGAUGACGGACUUUGAGACUGCACAGAAUCUCAGCACCAAACAAAUGGCCGAACUAUUCUCAGACUGUUACGAAAAUGGCACUGGGGUGUUUUCACAUGUGCAAACCAAUUAUCAAAAUAUCCUCAAGGCAAAUGAUUUUCGCACAGUAUUACGUGCCAUGACCGGUUUGUUGACUUUCAACACACUCAGCACAAACAAAGUGGUAAUUCUUCGUCCAAUGUAUAAAUCUCUGUUAUUUUUGGCCCUGAUCUGUGGUCGAUUUCGUGUGACCGAACAACUGUUACGAAUGCGUCAGUUUGACGUUCUCCCAGCUGCUGUGUUGGUCACCUUGAUUUUGAGACGCCUACGGAAAGAGCCCACGUUUCCACAACAGGUAGUUUCUGAACUGGAACAAUUUGCUGAACACAUUGAGGCAAUCGCCAUGGAUGUACUGAACUGGGUCUUCCUCAAUGACAAUACGCCGGAAAAAAUGGCUUGUCAUGACAUGCUGAAUGCCCCGCUGCGUACAUUCGGAGGUGUUGCUCUGAUCGAUUUGUGCGCCAGAGCCAAAUGUACAAAUCUGUUGAGUUUACCUUGCUGUCAGCGUUUGCUUGACGAAAGGUGGCUUGGUGUUUUGGUCCAAGUCCCUCCGUGGAUUCAAUGGUCUUCUCGGGUUUUGCCAUUUAUUGCAUGCGAAGGAUUACGUGAUGGGCUUAGCAACUAUUUCCGUGAUGGAUGGAACUGGAUGGAUUUGUUGGCCAUCUGUUUGACCGGCUUCGGAUUCUGUAUUCGAUUGGUCGCCCCGGAUUACGAAUCGAAUACGUGCGAGGAAGCCAAGGACACUAUUUUGUCAUCGACGAGAAAUUUGUACAUGCUCGGCCUGCAUGUGUUCUAUCUGCGAACUCUGUACAUCACUUCCAUUUCACCCAUAAUUGGACCUCGAUUGAAAAUGAUGGUUGACAUGCUCCGAAAGGAUCUGAUUCCAUUGCUUCUCGUGUUCGCGAUUUUCAUCUGUUCCUACGGGGUGUGGUUUCAAGGUCUUAUUUACCCGAAUAGUUUCUACGAGACAAAAGUCGCCCCAGAACGACCCGCCUAUCUGAUCAAUAGUACAAAUACUUCAACAGUACCGGGGGACUACAACCGUCUUGACAUCGCGACAUCGUUGGGUCAGGGAUUUCGACGAGCGUUUUAUGGAAUAUUCGAAGUUAGCAUUGUUCUGGAAGCACAGGCAUGCAAAGACAACAAAUAC